GUUACAGAGGAUGGCGAAAUCCUCCCAGAGUCCGAGUAUCGAGAAAUGCAUUGUCGUGAGAAUCAGAAGCGUGCCCUUCUUGAGCUCAUCGCCCAAGCAAUCGUGGAACGUUCGCUCGAGGAGGAAAGAAUGAGACAAGGCAAAAUUAGAAAGACCUUGGAGGAAAUAUGCAAGCUUCACAGAGUUCGUCGAAUGAGG